GCUCCAAAUUUUAUCCCACCACAUUUUAUCGUAAACCCUUCCCCACUGAACUCCUUCAGAAAUUCCUCGCUACCAUUUGGUAGAGAAGAUGAUAGCGGUUCCAGCCUCGCGGAACUUCUCGCCGGCGGCGGCAUUUUUUCGAUCGUCCGGCGAGCUUUUCCUUCCACGGACGAAGUUCAUGCCUGGUAAAACUCCCUCUUCGAUUCGCUUCUCUCCCUGCACUUUUCCACGGAGAAGAUUAUUCAAUCUUCAAGUUCGAGCCGCUAGGGCAGAAUCCAGCGUCGCUUCUUUAGGCUCCAGAGCUCCGUAUUUCGAGCUUCCGGAGCCACUCACAGGGAAAGUAUGGAAAUUGGAUGACUUCGAUAGCUACCCUGCUUUGCUGGUGAAAUGCCCUAUUUAUCUCGUCUGCAUGCAUUCAUUAGGACAAUUAUUUGGUUUUUGGUCUUCUUGCUUUGUUAUUAGGGCAUGUUUGGCUACUCAAGUAUUUGAAAAUUGCUUGGCAGAAUUUUUCCUUUACAGAAAGGAUGGGCGAAGGGCUUUGGAGCUCUUCUACCAUGGCCAGUUUGAUGACUCGCGGCCUAACAGCAACAUACCAGUCACAGGAAGGGAUUUGAGCCUUGCAAUAGAUUCUGCUGUACUAAGUGCGCAGCCGUUAAUAGCAGUUCAAAAACCCAGUGUUGGGUGUAGUAUAAAGUGGCAUCCUGAUAAGAGAAAAUAAUUUAAUAAAUGGGAUGAAUAGCUUCUUCUUCUUCACCUCCGCAGCUGUUCCGAAGCCUAAGUCGUGCAAUUGUUGUGAAAGAAAUUUGAGUUCUCUUUUUUUUAUUAUUAUUAUUCAAAGAAACAACAGUAUUUUAAUAGCUAUCAUAUUAUAAUAGAUAUGAUUGUAAGAAAGUUAUUUUCAUUACAAAAUGUAAUAAUAUGAAAAUUAUAGUUAAACAAAAAAAUGCCGCAAAAAUUCAUAAAAUAAAAUAAAAAA